UAAGAAAACGAAUAUAUGUAUCAGACGGCUUUGACGAAGAGCGUCUGAGCUCUCCUCGAGUUAAUAGGUCAAGAGGCACAUACAGCACCCGAGGGAGGUCAGGCAGCUCCACCACCUCUAUUCACCCGGGCGAACCAGAAGGCCCAUGCCAGCUACCCUGCGGCACUCCUCGCUAACCCCCCACUUGUCUCGCAAUCAUGGGUUUCUCCGACGUAGACACGCUUGCGAUCAAUACGAUCCGUGUUCUGGCGGUUGAUGCUACCUUCAAUGCCAACUCGGGCCAUCCCGGUGCGCCCAUGGGUAUGGCACCGGUUGCCCACGUUCUCUUCAACAAGUUCAUGAAGUUCAACCCCAAGAACCCCAAAUGGCUCAACCGAGAUCGCUUCGUCCUCUCCAACGGCCACGGGUGCAUGCUCCAGUAUGCCCUGCUCCACCUCUACGGAUAUGCCCUCUCAAUCGACGACCUCAAGGCGUUCCGCCACGUCGACAGCAUCACACCCGGCCACCCCGAAGCCCACGACACCCCCGGUAUCGAGGUUACCACUGGCCCUCUCGGCCAGGGUAUCAGCAAUGCCGUUGGUCUCGCCAUUGCCCAGGCACACACUGCCGCCACCUUCAACAAGCCCGGAUUCGAUAUUAUUGACAACUACACAUACGCCUUCCUCGGUGACGGCUGCUUGCAGGAGGGUAUCUCGUCCGAGGCAUGCUCUCUGGCCGGCCAUCUCCAGCUGGGUAACCUGAUCGCCGUGUGGGACGACAACCAUAUCACCAUUGACGGCAACACCAACGUCUCUUUCACUGAGGACGUGGUCAAGCGGUACGAUGCCUAUGGCUGGCACGUGGUGACUGUCGGCAACGGCGACAGCGACCUCGACAGCAUUACGGCCGCCAUCAAGGCGUGCCAGGAGGUCAAGGACAAGCCAUCGCUCAUCCAGCUCAAGACCACCAUUGGGUUUGGGUCCACCAAGCAGGGCACUCAUGACGUCCACGGCUCUCCCCUCAAGAUCGAUGAUGUCAAGCAGUUGAAGGCCAAGUUUGGAUUCAACCCCGAGCAGAGCUUUGUUGUCCCCCAGGAGGUCUACGACCUGUGCCACAAGGCCUCUGCCGAAGGUGCUGCCAAAGAGGAGGAGUGGAACAAGCUUUUCGCAAAGUACGGAGAGCAGUUCAAGGCUGAGCACGAUGAUCUCAUCCGCCGCCAGAAGGGAGAUCUCCCCGAGGGCUGGGAGAAGGUCCUUCCCCUCCACACCCCGGCCGACCCCGCCGUCGCGUCCAGGAAGCUGUCCGAGAACAUCAUCAACAAGAUCUACGAGGUCCUUCCAGAGCUCGUCGGUGGCUCUGCUGAUCUGACAGGCUCCAACUUGACCCGGUGGAAGGGUGCCGUUGAUUUCCAGCCCCCGUCCACCGGUCUCGGUGAUUACAGCGGCAGGUAUAUCCGGUACGGUGUCCGCGAGCACGGUAUGGGUGCCAUCAUGAACGGCUUGGCCGCGUACGGCACCAUCAUCCCAUUCGGCGGUACCUUCCUCAACUUCGUCUCGUACGCUGCUGGCGCCGUCCGUCUUUCUGCACUCUCGCAGGUCCGCGCCAUCUGGGUUGCCACCCACGACUCGAUUGGUCUCGGUGAGGACGGCCCUACUCACCAGCCGAUCGAGACGCUGGCCCACUUCCGUGCCCUGCCCAACUGCAUGGUCUGGCGCCCGGCCGAUGGAAACGAGACGAGCGCUGCCUACUACGUCGCCCUGACGUCCAAGCACACGCCUAGCAUUAUCGCCCUGUCUCGCCAGAACCUCCCGCAGCUGACGGGCUCUGUAAUCGAGAAGGGCAUCAAGGGCGGUUACGUGCUCCAGGAGCAGGAGGGCGCUGACAUCACCCUGGUUUCGACGGGCUCGGAAGUCGGCAUCUGCGUUGAUGCUGUCAAGGAGCUGGCCGAGAAGCACAACCUCAAGGCUCGUGUCGUCUCUAUUCCUUGCUUCGAGGUGUUUGACGCGCAACCUAAGGAUUACCGCCUGAGCGUUCUGCCCGACGGAAUCCCGUCCCUGUCGGUUGAGGUCAUGAGCACAAUGGGCUGGGAGAGGUAUACCCAUGAGCAGUUUGGCCUGAACCGCUUCGGUGCCUCGGGUGCCUACAAGGAUGUGUACAAGAAGUUCGAGUUCACCCCCGAGGGCAUUGCCAAGCGGGCCGUCGCGACUGUGAACUUCUGGAAGGAUGUGCCCAACAUCCGGUCGCCCAUCAACCGCGCUUUCGAGCAGAUCAUCUAAAGUUGCAAGCUUUUUGGCGACGCAAGACGCGUCUUUCUUGUCUAGAGGGCUCGUUCGGACUCUUGAGCACUUAAAGCAAUGGGGUGGCGUAGCCGUCCCAGGCAGUGUGAAAGGCCAGGUCUAGGGCGAUGAUAACCACCCGAAGGAUACAUUACCAGGUGUUGACAGAUUAUUGGUAUUAUGAAUA